CUGAGCUUCGCUACACCGAGCAAUCGUCGACUUCUCUUCUCUUCUCUUCUCUUCCCGUCGCUUAAGACACUCGGAUCGACAUGUCUGCUUUCAACAGGAUCAGGCCCAGGUUCAAGGACUGGUACGCCGUUGAGGCACUUCCUAUCUGGAUCAUCGUCGGUACCGUUGGCGGCCUCGCCUGCCUUUCGGUCUACCGUGCCGUGCAAGCACCGAGUGUGACAUGGACGAAGGAGAACCCUACGCCAUGGAACCGCAUCAAGCAAGACGAGCGCGUGAAGCUCAUGCAGGUCAACCAGACCUUCGAUAAGAAGUGGCACCGCGACCAUCUAUAAGCUCGUCGCACAUUUGCCUUCUGCCGUCAUGCAUCUCUCGCCUCGCAUCGCUUGAUAUCCAACCGACCGCAUUCUCGACGACGUCGACGACCGGCGCCGCCGCGUAAUAUCGCGCCGCCCACGAUACGCGGACCACUCCGCCCUUCCUUCUAAUCAAGCUGUAUUUUUACCACUAAUUUCUCCUUCGGGUCUGUGCAAUAUCAUUAUGUGGAAUCAA